ACGUUUUGUCCCAAUCCUCACCCCGUAGCAGGAAAGAUGGCGGCUGUGUCGCUCAUUAGCCGUCCUGCUGGUGUCCUUUCAAAGAUUUCAUCAGGCAGCAGCAGCCCUGCUGUUUGGACUCUUGCCUGUGUCAGCUCGGGACAGCGGAGGGAACUGCAUCAUGCAGUCAUACCUAAAGGCAAAGGGGGACGCUCUUCCUCCAGUGGGAUAGCAGCAACCGUCUUUGGUGCUACUGGUUUCCUGGGCCGUUAUGUUGUCAACAGACUCGGUCGAAUUGGUUCUCAGAUUGUCAUCCCUCACCGCUGUGAUCAGUAUGACAUCAUGUACUUGAGGCCCAUGGGGGACCUUGGCCAAAUUAUAUUCAUGGAGUGGGAUGCCCGAAACAAAGACUCCAUCAAACGUGCUUUAGAGCAUUCAAAUGUUGUCAUCAAUUUGGUUGGUGAAGAAUGGGAGACGAGGAACUAUAGCUUCCAGGAUGUUUUUGUUACCAUUCCGCAGCAUAUAGCUCGAGCUGCUAGAGAGGCUGGCAUUACCAAGUUUGUGCACAUGUCUCACCUCAAUGCUGAUAUACGCAGUCCAUCGAAGUACCUGCGAAACAAGGCUGUUGGAGAGACCGCCGUGAGAGACGAGUUUCCCGAAGCCAUCAUCAUGAAGCCUGCUGAGAUGUUUGGGAGGGAGGACAGAUUCUUCAAUUAUUACGCAAAUAUGCGCUGGUUUGGCAAUGCUGUUCCCUUGAUGGCCCUGGGAAAGAAGACGGUGAAGCAGCCUGUUCAUGUGGUGGACGUGGCAAAGGCUAUUAUAAACGCUGUCAGGGACCCUGACGCGAAUGGCAAGACCUACGCACUUGUUGGUCCCAACCGCUACCUGCUCCAUGAUUUAGUGGAAUAUAUCUAUGCUGUGGCACACCGACCCUUUGUACCUUAUCCACUUCCUGCUCCACUUUAUCAUCUUGCAGCUAAAGUUUUCUCCAUGAACCCAUUUGAACCCUGGACAUCCCCAGACAAAGUUGACAGAUUUCAUCUAACCGACAUGAAGUACCCAGGUCUUCCAGGUUUGGAGGAUCUGGGAAUUACUCCCUCCUCAGUAGAACAAAAGGCAAUAGAGAUCCUGCGCCGCCAUCGCCGCUUCCGAUAUCUUGAAGCUGAACUGGAUGAGACGAAGCCAGCCAAGACGGUCAACUUUUAAUAAAAGAUCAUGGUUGAUUAUACAUUUCUCAACAUUAACUGAGCUGCAGGAGGAUUAUCGCCCCUAUUAAUGCUUUGUCUUUAAAUGUAUUGUGUACAUAAAUAAAGUUUUAUCACCAA